AUGGAUGCUCAGAACACAGCGCCUGUAGACCAUGAUCGUUCAUCUAUAAAAUUAAACAGAUCAUUAGGAACUGUUCCUGAUGGACAUAGUGUAACAAAACGACUUCAGAACGAGUUAAUGACAUUAAUGACAUCAAAUAUUCCUGGAAUUUCUGCUUUUCCUGAUUCAGAUUCAAAUCUUCUUCACUGGGCGGGUACAAUUGUUGGUCCUGCGGGAACAUAUUAUGAGUCUUUAACGUUUAAAAUUUCGUUAAUUUUUCCGCCGAAUUAUCCAUAUACCGCUCCUACUAUUACAUUUACAUCUCCAAUGUGGCAUCCAAAUGUUGACAUGAGUGGUAAUAUUUGUUUAGAUAUUCUUAAGGAUAAAUGGUCUGCUGUUUAUAAUGUUCAGACUAUUCUUUUAAGUUUACAAAGUCUUUUAGGCGAGCCAAAUAAUGCGUCUCCACUAAAUGCACAGGCUGCAGAACUCUGGGCCAAAGAUCCGGUGGAAUAUAAACGGUUACUGAUGCAGCGAUAUAGAGAAGUAGACGAUUGA